AUGCCUGUCACGAUCCACCUCGUCCGUCACGCCCAGGGCUUCCACAACCUCUCUGUCGAGAACGAAGCCCUGCCAGACCCCCUCCUCACAGACCUCGGCCUCAAGCAGUGCGCCAACGUCCGCGCGACCUUUCCUGCCCACGCCUCCCUCACCCACCUCGUCGCCUCGCCCAUGCGCCGCACCCUCCACACCUGCCUCAACUGCUUCGGCCCCACCCCCGAGGACCCCCAGCCGGCGGCCCUGCUCCCGGUCAUCGCCAUCCCCGAGCUGCAGGAGGUCAGCAACUCGCCCUGCGACACAGGCACCGACGUCGCCGUCGUCGCGCCCGAGUUUGGCGCCAGGGCCGACUUCUCGCGCGUCCCCGCCGGCUGGAACGACAAGGAGAGCGCCUCCUCGCCGUGGGAGCCCACCCUCGACAAGCUCGAGGCGCGCGCGACCAAGGCGCCCCUCUUCCUGCGGGACCUGGCGCGCGCGAGCGGCAAGGAGGACGUUCACAUUGCUGCCGUUGUCGCACGGGGCGUUCCUGCAUUUCCUGACCACGGACUUCCACGGCGUUGA